UACGAAUUGGCAGCCAGCAAGUUACUGUUCGUGAAUCCAAAGUCCUAUAUUUGCCAUGCCAUCAAUCACCCAUGUGGCGCUGCUCGCGCUUGGCCUGCUUCAAGCCUCUGUGGUAUCUGCCAGCCCAGCAUCUGCCAGCUCGGACCUCGGCCUUUUCCCACUCUGUACUUGUCCUGGGCCACUCCUUUCUGGUCAACUCAUUUGCUCUGGAAACACCUCUCAAUGUACUCUAGACUAACUGGGAGCAUCUGUUUGUUGUGCUCCUGGCCAGAAAGCCGUGAGUGGGAAAUGCGUGGACCUGCCAAUUCCAGGGCUCCUAUGCACCGACGGAAAGACUAUUUGCUCAGGAAAAACACAAUGUACUCAAGACAACAAAGGGGCUAUAAUGUGCUGCGGUCUCAAUCAAAACGCAAUAAACGGAAAGUGCGUGGAUCCGUCGUAUAUCUUGUGCUCCGAUGGGAAGACCAUCUGCUCAGGAAAUACACCACAAUGUUGCACUAAUGUCAGCAUCUUUGUCGAUAGCACCGGCGGUGCGUCCAGCAAUACAAUAUGCUGCGGUGUCGGCCAGAAAGCAUUGAACGGUAAAUGUUACCCUGGAAAUGCAAAGCUUCUGCCAUGCUACCGAGAUGGACCGUGUGACUUUGGCAAUGGGUAUUACUGUGCAUGGAAUGCAGGAAACGGAGAUUCCAAGUGCUGCAAGAUGGAUGAGUACUACAAGGGCACCCAAUGUAUCAAGAAGCCAUAAUAUUGGUAAUUGGGAUGGUUUAGGUCUGCUGGGAUCGCCCUAGGACUCUAGACAGAGGCAAUCGGUUUUGGGCUGGAACACGAUAGUUGGUGAGUGCAGUGCGAGUUUUGAUUAUUUAAACUUGACUUGUGGCUUCAAGAAGCAGUUUACACAAACAAGGCCUCUUGGCAAGGGGGAAUUAAAUGUGUAUUUCUGAGCAAUGUCUCUUCUUCAACCUAUAUCUAACCAUCAGUGGAGUCCCCAACUAGGUGACUGCUCAUGUAGAUCGUUGAACAUUAAUAUCAGAGCAUCUCGGCGC